AUGUCGCCCGAGCCCGAGAAGCCGAAGAAAGCUCCUCGAAAGCACGUCACGACCGCCUGCGUGCCUUGUCGAGAGAGCAAGGUCAGAUGCGACGGCUCGACGCCACACUGCCAAAAUUGUCAGCGAAAAGGAAAGGACUGUAAAUAUCAGCAUGGCGAUGACAAGCGGAAAGUAUCCCUUCGAGCUUCCACGGAGCUAUUCUCCGCGAGAAUUGAUCAGCUCGUUCAAUUCAUACACGAUCAAGGGCUAGAGCCGCCACCCAUGAAGGCCGAAGAUGAAGCCGGCAUGAACAGGGUCCUGGACACUCUGCAAAUCUCCCGCGGUAUCGCUAUAAGUACAAGUCUCGUAGAAGAUGACAGGAAACCAGCGGAGACAGCUUCAACCGGUGUUUCGGGCACAUCUCCCGUCCAGAGUCCACCCAGCACAACUCCAAAUGGACAAGUCCCGCAGGGAGUCGAUGUAGCAACUCCCGGCUCAUUGACUUCGCAGGGGAUCGCCCUCGGUCAGCAGAUGCCCUCUGUGGAACCCUGGAACCCGUUUGGAAUGGUACGGGGAGCAUCUGAUAAUCAAAACUUUGUCCAUUGGGGGUUUACCCUUCCCACUGCGGAAAGUCUGGAUACCAUUUACGCCAAUCUCAAUGGAGCGGCACCCGGCAUGCCAGUCAAUCCCGGGCCGAGUCCGGAUAGUUUCCAGCUUGGUGUGGAUAUGGCUCAGCAGCCUGGCGUAUUAAUGGGCCGGAUGCCUGUCGACCACCCAACCCAUGAGUCUGACAGUGAAGAAGAGAACGAGGCUGAGAACGAUGUCAUUGAACAGCUUUCUAAUCGAAUCGGCACAUUGAAGAUUGCAGGAGAUGGUCAUUUGCGGUUCUACGGUGCUACUUCCAACCUCAACUUGGUGGAUGUGUCCGCGACGCAACAAAGACAGCGGCCUGAUGCGCGUACUGUUCGCCAUGAUGGUCAGGAUAUUUUGAACCAUCUUCGAGUCGGCCAGCCGGUUGAUCAGGUCUUGGAAGAUCAUCUCGUCGAACUUUACUUCACAUGGCAGAACCCGAGCAUCUACGUCGUUGACAAGGAGAUGUACAUGACCGCGCGGUCCAAAUGGCGGAAUGAAUAUGACGAUACUCCCUUCUAUUCAGAAGUCCUCACCAAUGCCAUGUGUGCCAUUGGAAGCGCCUUCGAAGCCCGAUACCAUCCUACUUUCAUCACAUUCCCCAAAUCCUUGGCCGAGUUCUUCGCAGACAGGGCAAAGGCCUUAUUGGAGAUCGAACUCGAUUCUCCGUGCGUUGCAACAGUUCAAGCCCUUGUCCUUAUGAGCUGCCACGAGGGAGCAUCAAAUCGUGACGCCCGUGGCUGGCUGUACAGCGGGAUGUCGAUGCGGCUUGCCUUUGACCUAGGCUUACAUAUCGACAUGACACCAUAUGUCAACCGAGGUGAUAUGAGCCCACAUGAAGCCGAUGUCCGGCGAGCUGCAUUCUGGGGCAGCUAUGUUGCAGACCAUUUCUGGGGAUUCUACCUGGGCCGCCCAUUCCGCAUGAAUGCCGGAGACAUCACCGUUCCCAAACCUGCUUCUACCCUUGGGGCUGAGAAGGAAGGGACAUGGUAUCCAUAUGGACUUCAGUCUACCUCUCAUGCACUCGAAAACGGGUUAAAGAACCCAGCUGAGCUGGUCUGCAGACAAUUUGCUGUGCUCUGGGAGAUGAUUUCUCCUGUUGGACAUAUCCUAUACGGAUGUUCCGAAAUCUCUCGCCAUGACUUGCAGAGGCUCACCUCGCAGGUGACCGAAGACCUCUUUGCUUGGAAGGCUAAUCUGCCGUCGACUCUCGAUAUCGAUUUGGAUGAUGAUACGACACCUAGACUGCCUCAUCUUCUGAUGCUCCAUAUGCAAUACCACCAGAUCAUCAUUUUCUUCCACCGGCCCUGGGUUUCGAAAAGCUACAUCCAGCCGCGCAGCCCUCGCCAAGGACGUGGAUACCACCAUGCACGACGCAUGUGCGUCGAGUCCGCCACAGCAGUCGCACGCCUCCUUCACAUCUAUGAAAAGCACUACUCGUUCCGACGAAUGAGCAACCAGGUCGUAGCCAUCAUUUUCAGCGCAGCACUAAUGCUGCUCUUCGUCACGGUGUCCAGCUCGCCUCUAAUGCCCACCGAACCAGGCGACCUGAACCAGCCGCACCCACGAAAUGCGGAGAUGGUGGCAUACCUUAACCUCUGCUUCCGCGCCCUGGACGAACUAGGCCAGUCCUUUGAGAACGCUAAGCGCACACGCGACUACUUGGUUACCCUCCAACGGCGCUGGCAAGCACAUAUGCGCCGCUCUGGCCCGCGAGCUAAACGACAAAUCAGCAGCGCCAACCUUCCCGCUCUAUCGCAUCACACCGCGUCAUCACAGCCAACUCGGAAUGGCCAUGAGUCGGAUGCGCGCAAGAAGACCCGCGUAGCCGAUAGUAAUGCACCCCGUCCACGACACGGCUCUACCUCAACGGGACUCCCUCCUACCGCCAAUCGAACCUUCCAGCCUCAGCCCCCAUCGCAACAGAAUCAACACUCUUAUGAACAGCAUUUCUCUGCACCUUCGGUCCAGCCAGGGGAUCUUGACUGGAUCCGCAACUCUGACUUCACUCUUCUGUCCGAUACCCGCGGCAGUGGAAGCAGUGCGAAUCCAAUGGGCGGUAUAUCUACACCCCAGUUCGUUGGCGAUCCAGGCAUGCUUCCAGAUCUGGGAGAUAUGGACGGGUGGUGGGGGUCACCAAAUGGGGAUCCCGGGCGUGGGGGAUCAUCUAUAUAA